AUGUUUAUUACAGCAACAUGGAAGUGUUUGAACGAGUAUUUUGGGCCUUGGGAGCACAUCCAUGUAGGCAGGCCAGGUAGGCCUGCUAUACAUCGUCAGGGGCAGCAGGAUCAGGACCAGCAGUAUGAGCGGUACAUUCCUCCACCACGGCCUUCCGCUGACGAGGCGUACGCUUGCAGAUGGGCGGUCCCCAAGCUGACAUAUGCGCAUGCGGCGAGGGGCCUGCUAUACUACCGAGACGCCCUUGAUCGACUGACCGAGGAUCAGAUGACAUGGGACCCGUAUGAAGCUGAUUUAGUUGCUGCCAUGACUCCACAUCUGCUAGAUCAUCAGGCGCAGUGGCGUUCUAGGGUCCUCCUGAUCUGUUUUGAGGUCGUCGAGGGUCACCUACCAGAUCGAGUCAUGCGACAGUUUGGACUACGACAGACUGUCCCCCAACAGUGUGACACUAGUGCCCGGCUGCACCGCAUUGACCGUCGGGGAAAGAGCGACAGGAACUGGCGGACGGAGCAUGCCCAGUACAUUGACUUGUGGCAUCGACGGUUGGAGUUCGUCGUCACUGGUGACCCCAUCCACGGCGUUAUGGAUCCAUACGAUCCAUACAUGGAGUGGUACAUGCGGAUUAUACGGCGUUUCAUCAACCCCAGCUACACACCGCCAUCCGCACAUUACCAUCCAUCCUUUGACGUGAUCAGGGGAUAUGCGUUGGAUAUGACGGCGAUGGUUGACGCACUGUCGGACGUCCUUCCAGGCAUACCUGAGCCGCCCAGAGCACAGGUCGAGCGGGUGCGAGAUAUGGGCAUGGCUACCUUGCAGAGAUAUGGUCACGCCUAUCUCGUCCACCCCCGGGACGAUCAUGGCGGCCACUCUAGUCACUCACAGUUCGAGGCUGGCCAGAGUAGUUGUGGGGGUGAUCCUUCGUCAUUCACGGGCGCAGAGGAGUACGACAUUCGCAGUUCCGCGCCCCUACGUCAUCCUGAUGACCCAUCUUCUAGCCAGCUGACUCCGCCAGUACGCCCGAACCCAUUUACCACGGUCCGUCACUACAGUCGUCGUCAAAGGCCAAGAGUGGACAUACAGGAUAGAGAGCCGUUACACCAAAUUGAUGAGUCAUAA